CUUUAUAAUUUAACAAACCGGAAGUUGCAGAUGAUGCAGGAUUGUCUAGACUGUUAACUCUACUUCAAAUUACCAUGAAUCAAGAAGCUGGUGCAGAUCUGAAACGCACACAUGGACAUGCAGUGUUGUUACGAAAAAGCUCAUCAAGUAAAAUGGCUCUGAAGGAAAAAGUUGUCCAAAUAUAUGAGUCUUUCUUCCAGGGUGAAGACCCUUCAGUGGGAAAUCCUAACUUUUGGGAUGAAUUUUUCUUGCUAAGGCCAAAUAUUCCAUUCAUUGAGGGUGAAUUUGAUAAAGUCAGUGGUGAAGGCCUAAUGAUGUUGAAGGAUAAUCUAAACACCCUGUUUUACAAAGCAGUAGAAUCUCUGAAGGAAGAUAAUGUCAUCAGAGUAGUUAAUGCUAUUUAUACAAUGUCUGCAUUAGUACGUGGAAUAUACAGAAAGAACUUUGGAGGUUUUGGCUUUGAUGUUAUAAAUAUAUUGAUAGGCUUUGAUGCUGCAGAAACAGUCAUGCAGGAAAUGGUGGAAAAUUUGAAUAACAUCCUAAAUGGAGAGUAUCCAACUGCAAUAAAACAGCAAGUUCUUAAAUUCAUCAUGGUGUUAGCCACAGCUUCAGACAACAUCAGUCAGAAUACACUCCUGGAGUACCUCAUGAUCAACAGUGUGUUUGAAUCUAUCAUCCAGAUUCUGGGUAAUGUUGACCUGAGGCUGGUACUGGGUGGCGAUGCUGUACAGGUUCUUACUCUCUUGGUUCAGUACAGGAAAUACGAGUCUGCAAAUCCAUAUAUUGUGAAGCUGUCUAUAUUGGAUGAUGAGUUGGCUUUAACAGGAUAUGCCCAGGUCGUUCUCGGGGCUUUAUCAGACUUUAACAGGGAGUAUCAGUGCCGCAGUACUGAGGCACAGCCAGGAUGGUUCUCUGCUUUUGCCAGUAUGGUUGGCAAUAUGUUUGUAGCUGACGAGAAACAUGUAGCAGCAGUGAGAGCAAAUGAUUUGGUGCUAUUGGCUUUAUACGAAGCAAUUCAUUUAAACAGAAAUUUUAUCACCGCUUUAACACAUACCCACACACCAUCAACACCUACCACGCCCCCCUCCUCCCCGACAGUGCCCAUGUCCAACCCUCUCAAUGACCCAGCCCCUGCCCUGCAAAAUAUAGACAAAGCCCUGUUGGAGCAGUCAAGUCACCCUACAAAUUUAUUGGUGACAUUUUUGGAGUACAGUUCUAUAGUCAUGCAGGAUACAAAAGAUGAAACAAGACACAGCAAUGCCAAACUUUGUCUAGUCAUAUUAACAUGCAUUGCAGAGGAUCAGUAUGCCAACUCCCUGAUGCAUGAUGUCAACAUAAAUUUCAGAGUCAAACUACACAGAAUGCCAAUGAGACAUCGGAAAGUGAAAGUAGAAAAAGAUACUCCCUCUCGUCCCCUUGUUUGUGCUCUUUUAGAUUUAAUGGUUGAAUUUAUAAUGAGCCAUAUGAUGAAAUCCUUCCCUUUAGAGUUGUACAAUCGAUGUUUGGGAAUCACGCAGCGGGUCCUGUGCUACCAGAAGAAGUGUCGAGUUCGACUUCAGUAUCCAUGGAAAGAAUUGUGGACAGCUCUGAUCAAUCUUCUGAAGUACCUGUUGUCCAACGAGUCCAAUCUCCUAAAGAAGCAUAAUAAUAUUUUCCAUUUGUCCUCAAAGAUUGUGAACAUUUUCAACUUGUUCAUCACCUAUGGUGACACUUUCCUGCCAAAUCCUAACAGCUAUGAUGAACUGUAUUAUGAAAUCAUCAGAAUGCACCAAGUCUUUGACAACCUCUACUCAAUGGCUCUGAGGUACACUACAAGUGAUGGAGAAAGCAAGGAGUCAGCAGCGAGAUUAACCAAUCAUCUUGUCAAUAUCAAGGCCAUCAUCAAUCACUUCUCUCCUAAGGUGGAUUCCUGGGCGGCCGCCAAUCAGCUCUCCUCCCUCACAGAGGAACAGGUUCUGGAUGUCGUGAGAGCAAACUAUGACAGUCUGACAUUAAAGUUACAGGACAGUCUGGAUCAGUAUGAGAGAUACUCCGAAAAACCAAGGGAGAGUGCAUUCUUCACAACUCUGGUACGAUCUGUGGUGUUGGAUGUGAGGAAAAGUGUCAGUAAUCUGGCCCAGUAUCAUCACCAUGUGUUACAGAGUGUAGCCGAGAUGUAAACAGGUCGUCAGACUUACGCGUAAUAGAGAUCAACUGGUUGCAAACUAAGUGAUGCAGGAAAUAAAUUCAUUUCUUAUUUAUAAAACUUGUGUACAAUCCCACAGAUGUGAGGUGAAUUUUUACGUACGUUUUACACAAGUUUUUGCCUUUAUUUUCAGCUUUAGGAAUUUUCAUCUACAAAGAUUAUCUUGACAUGUACAAUGUACAUGUACAAUUAAUCAGUUAUUUUAAAAACUGUUGUCAUAUUAAAGUCACGUUGGAGGGGCUUUAUAAGAAAUUUUCAAGAAAACAGAGGGUUUUUUUGAAAAAUGUGUAAGGAUUACAAAACAUGUAGAUUGAUGUAUUUAUUCAAUAGUAUUCAAUAUUUGUUACCUUUAUGCAGUUAUUGAUGCAUUUGUUACCUAAUAAAGUCACAUAGUAGGCAUAGAAAGGAGUGAUAUGUGCAAUUUUAUAAAGCACUUUUUGUGCUUACUAAUGAUUGCACCAAGUACAGAGAAUUAUAAUCUGCAACUGCACAAAAAUGUCUAAAUAAGUGUCAAACAUUGUAAAUUACAGUAGUAGAUGUACUCACAGUGAGGCAGUCAGAUGUGUAUUAUAUAGUACCAAUGGGCUUUCAGCACUGGGUUUUUUUCUGUCUUAUUGUAUGCUAGCUAUAUGUACAGUAUGUGGGUAUUAAAAGACACUUUUUAUUGUUUUGUUUUUUUUUCAAAAGGGGUUUAAUUGCAACUUCUUUUUUUUUCAAUAAAAACCCUUAACUUGAAGUUGAUACAUAUUUUUCAGAAGGGGUAGUGUUUUUCUUUUCUAUUCUAUGUAUAUAUAGAUGAAAUCUAUGUUUCCAGUGAUUUUUUGUGGGAUCCUUGUAUCGAUUUGAAAAAUGUGUAUGCCUUAGCUAAUGCAUGUAGGGGUACAAAUGUUAUGUAUGGCUAUGUGAUGUUGACAAGAAGAAGAAAAAGUAGCAUGUAUUUAACAACAUGUAUAUUUAUUUAAGUUCUAAAUAAACUUGGCAUUAAAAUUUCAAACACAAA